AUGAGCAUCCGGAUGCCACCCACACUCCUGAAGCUGGCAGCAAAGAGCCUGCUGAGGGACCAGGCCUCAGCCAUUGCCACUCUGGAGUACCUGCCCGCCGAGCUCUUCCCAUACCUGUUCGAAAUGGCCUACUGUGGUGGAUGCCACCCCCAGCUACUGAAGGCAUUGGCCCAAGCCUGGCCCUUCACUGUCCUCCCUCUGGGGGUCCUGAUGCAGAGUCCCCCUGAUCAUGCCCCAACCAGGGCCGUGGGCUUAAAAGCCAUGUUUGACGCGAUUGAUGUUGUGCUUGCCCAGGAGGUUCGGCUGAGGAGGUGCAAACUGCGGGUGCUGGAUUUAAGGAACACAGGUGCCAACUUCUGGGAUAUGUGGCUUCGAGUCAGCACCGAGAAUUGCUCAUGGACAGAACCAGUGACUGUGCACAGCUCCAGCCCCAGCAUGGAGCAUCCCCUGGCUCCCUUGGAGGUGUUCCUAGUCCUUACCUUCGAUGAAAGGGGCCAGGAUAAGUUUUUCAUGCACAUCAUCCAAUGGGCCCAGCAGAGGGAAGGGUUGCUACAUCUGUGCUGCAAGACACUGAGGACUUCUGAGGUGCCCUUCCAGAGGGUCAGGAAGGUCCUGGAUAGGGUGAGGCUGGACUGCAUCCAGGACAUGUGUGAAAGUGAACACCCGGUACCUGCACACCCUGAGGACAUUUGCUCUCUACCUGGGAGCGAUGAGAAACUCUUUCUCCUGGAAGAGUUGACUGAGGACUAUGAGGAGGACGGGGGCCGUCUGGACCAGGUGCUCAGGUGCCUGCAGACUCCCUUGGACAAACUCUGCCUAAUGUUUGGCCAGCGGCUGACGCAUUCAGACCUCACAUACCUGUUCCAGUGCCCGAACCUCAGGCAGCUGAAGUUCCUAUAUCUAUGUGACCUCAGCCUUGGGGAUUUCAGUGAGCCCCUCCGAGCUCUGCUGGAAGCAGUGGCACCCACCCUCCAGGGCCUGGGUCUGGAUAAAUGUGGGAUGGGGGACUCCCAAGUCGAAGCCAUCCUGCCUGUCCUGAGCCGCUGCCACCAGUUCAGACACUUCACCAUAUUUAUGAACAACUUCUCCGUGGCCACCGUGGAGAAGCUGCUGCGCCACACAACCGGGCUGCGCAGUUUAGAGCGAGAGGUGUACCCCAUCCCCCUGGAGGGUUACAGGACCCAAGGGAUUGUCAACCAGGAGAGACUUGCCCUGAUCCAGGCUGAGCUCACGAGGAUACUGAGGGAGUUAGGACAGCCCAGGACCAUCCAUCUUGUCACCAAGAAUCGUAUACAUAGGAAGUUUUAUAAGGUGGCGUUUUCAUGA